CAUGGUCGCGCAUGCGUACUCUGACCAAACAAAUGUGCUAGUAAAAGGUCAAAGGGCGACGUGGCUGAGCGCGGGAUUAUCGUCAACACUGGAAAAAUCUCAAAUCAUGGACCUCGGUGACUUUGAGGCGGACAACUCAGUCAGCUGCCGCCUGGCCUCAGCGGUGCCAGAUAUCUGCAAAACGGAAGACUGUUGCCUGGGUAUUGAUGAGGCAGGUCGAGGACCCGUACUUGGACCCAUGGUUUAUGGUAUAUGUUUCUGCCCAAUCAAAAAGAAGGACGAUUUGAAGGCUUUGAAAGUGGCAGAUUCUAAAACUUUAACGGAGGCCGAGCGGGAAAACCUGUUCAGUAAAAUUGACGAGGCAAAAGACUUUGUGGGCUGGGCACUGCAGAUCCUGUCACCCAACACCAUCUCUAACAGCAUGCUGCAGAGGGUGAAGUACAACCUGAACGCACUCUCUCACGACGCCGCCAUUGGUCUGGUGCAGUACGCUUUGGACUGCGGCGUGCAGCUCAAAGAGGUGUUCGUCGACACCGUGGGGCCGGCGGAGAAGUACCAGGAGAAGCUGUCGCAGCUCUUCCCUGGCGUGGAGGUGACGGUGCGCCCCAAAGCGGACUCCCUCUUUCCCAUCGUCAGCGCGGCCAGCAUCUGUGCCAAGGUGGCGAGGGACCACGCUGUGAAGUCCUGGCAAUUUAGGGAGGACCUGGCAGACGUGGACACGGAUUACGGUUCGGGGUACCCCAACGAUCCAAAGACGAAGAGCUGGCUGCAGAAGCACCUGGACCCCGUGUUCGGGUACCCGCAGUUCGUGAGGUUCAGCUGGAGCACAGUGCAGACGCUGCUGGACAGUAAGGCCGUGCCUGUGCACUGGGACGACGAGGAGGAGGACGGCGAGAAGGCCGCCACCAAGCAGAGCUGCGCCUCCAUGCUGUCCUACUUCGGCCGCAGCAAGUCCUCUGGCCGGACGCCCCACCGCUUCUUCGCCGAGAGGAAGCUGGAGACUCUGGAGUCGCUGUGAGCCCUGGGGCCGCCGUCCCAGCAGAAGUGGAAAGACGCCGUGGCUCUCGUUUAUAUAUAGCACGUAUAAACACACACAAGCAUGAAGUCGGUGACUCAGUCGUGAUUAGACCGCUGCUGUGGCUGAGGAGUCUGGCUUUGGUUACCGUGGACUAUAAAUGUUUCCUAUG